AUGGCUAAUGAUCUACAGCAACUUGCUUUAAUAGAAAAAACUUCACAUUUAAAUUAUUUACGUGAUUUUCGUGUUGAACAAUGUCAAUUAUUUCUUCAACAUAAAUGCACACAACAUCGUCCAUUUUCAUGUUUCUAUUGGCAUUUUCAAAAUCAACGUCGUCGUCGACCAUUUCGUCGAAAAGAUGGAACAUUUUCAUAUGAUCCAGAUUUUUAUUGUAAUGAUUAUGAUGAACAAAGUGGUCUUUGUCCUAAUGGUGAUGAUUGUCAACUUCUACAUCGAAAUGCAAAUGAUACAGAAAAACGUUAUCAUUUACGAUAUUUUAAAACAGGUUUAUGUACACAUGAAUCUGAUAUGAAAGGAAAUUGUCUUAAAAAUGGUCCACAUUGUUCAUAUGCUCAUGGUGCAAAUGAUCUACGACAACCAGUACUUGAUAGUCGAGAAAUACAAAAUAGUGAUUUAGCAUUAGAAAGACUUGCACGUUUAUGUAUAAGUUUAGAAAAUGAACGUGCUUUGAAUGAUGAUCCAAAAUGGAAUGAUUCAUAUUAUGUUCUUUCAAAUUAUAAAACAGAACUUUGUAAACGCCCACCACGUUUAUGUCGACAAGGUUAUGCUUGUCCACAAAAUCAUAAUCCUCGUGAUCGUCGACGUAAUCCAUCUAUAUAUAAAUACAAGUCAACACCAUGUCCACAUGUAAAACAAAGUGAUGAAUGGAUUGAUCCAACUGUAUGUGAAGCUGGUGAUAAUUGUAAAUAUUGUCAUACACGUACUGAACAACAAUUUCAUCCCGAGAUUUAUAAAUCAACUAAAUGUAACGAUGUUUCAGUAACUGGUUAUUGUCCACGUGGACCAUUUUGUGCGUUUGCUCAUAUCGAACAAGAAUUAAAAUCAUAUCGAGAUUUUGAUCUUCAUUAUACAAGUGAAUUACCUUUAUCAUCAUUUAUACCAAUACCUGAAGAUAAAGAAGUUGAUGUUAUCAAUGCAUUACCAUCAUCAAGAAACAUUCCGAAAAAAUCUUCUCAAUCAAGUAUGUUUGAAGUUGGAUCAUUUCCAGGUGCUGGUAUGAAAACACUUGAACAACAUUUAGCUGAUAGACAUUCAUUAUUAACGCAUAAUAGUGGUAGUGGUUCAUUUACUAUUCAAGAUAUGCUUUCUCAAGUAUCUCCAUCAUCUUCACAACGACAUCUCUUUCAUAAUUAUCAUCAACCUCCAUCACAAUCAACAACAUCAUCAUCAUUUCUUAAUGAGCAAUUUCUUUUAUCAGCUGCUGCAUUAGCUGCUAGUCACUCCUAUCCUCCACCCUCAUCAUUUUUAUCAACACUUGCUGCAUCUAAUCUUUUAUCAUCAAUAAAUGCACAUAUGCACUCAAUAUCACCUGAACAACAAGUAACACAAACAACAACAUCAACAAAAUCAGAUUAUUUAACAAAUCUUAAUGAUAGUUAUGAGUAUCAAUCAUUACCAAUUGAUGUUAAAAAUUUAAUUGGUUCAUCAUUAACAGCUAUUGGAUUAGAUAAUGUUAAUGAAGAUGAAUUUGAUAAAGCCGCUACAAAUGAGCAAAAUGAUGAACUUUUAUUAAUUGAUAAUGAUAUUGAUAGUUUUGAACGUUCGACAACACCAGCAACAAAUAAUACAUCACCUACACAUUUAACAACACUAUCAUCAUCAUCAUCUUCAAAUCCAAUGACAAGACCAGUUAAUAUUCCACAUUCAUUUACAAAUGAUCAUUUUUCACAUUCAUCAUCAGCUAAAUCGCCAUUUGAUGCACCUGCUCAACUAUUUGAUGAAACUUUAGAAUCGCCAAUUGAUACUCCCUUUCCUGAACCAUCAACAUCAAGCGGUAGUAGACAACGUCCUGGUGAAUUAUAUAAAAUGGCUGGUUUUAGUCAAGAUUUACCAACUUCUUUCCAUCAAUUACAAUCAACAUCACCUCAAUUAAUGUUUCAAGGUCAUAAUACUACAAGCAAUAAUUCUUUAUCACCUUCAACAUCAUCAAAUGAAAUGGAUUUCAUACGAAAUCGUGUAUUACAAAUGGAAACAUUAGCAAGAACAGAAAGAGAGUCAUCCGAACAUUGGCGUCGAGAAGCUGAAGAUAAUCGUCGAUUAGCUCUUCAACUUGAACAAGAAAAAAAUCAUGUUAUACAACAACGUGAUGAUGCAUUUCAUCAAAUUGAACAAAUGCGUCAAUUACUUAUACAUAAUAUGCGUUUAUUACCAAACGAUAAUGAUUUAAUGCAAUUAACAGUUGAUGAAGUUCGAUCAUUACAAACACGACUUCAACAAGAAUUAUCAAAACUUACGACUGUUGAACAAACUAAAUCAAACAAUACUCAACAAACUGUAUCAGCAAUACCUGGCACAUCAACAGUUGGUUCACCUUUAACAAUCACAUCAUCAUCACCUAAUCAAAAACCUCCUAAACAGCAUUCGAACAAAAAUGUCAUAGUAUCAUCAUCUUCUAAACAUUAA